AUGGCCGAAGCAUUUGACCGUGUUGAAUGGAGCUUUCUAAAGAGAGUUAUGGAAAAAUUCCUUUUUCCACCAAACUUUAUCAACCUUAUCAUGUCUUGUCUCUCCACUGCAUCAUUCACCCUCUCCAUCAAUCAGCAACUAACUGGCUCUGUAACUCCAACCCGUGGAAUUCGUCAAGGUGACCCCCUCUCCCUUACCUUUUCCUGCUAUGCUCGGAGGGCUUGGCGUAUUCUUCAGGCUCCUUCCUCUCUUGUUGCCCAGCUUCUCAAAGCUAGAUAUUACCCCCACUCAUCUUUCCUUGACUUUGGUAAGGGGCAUCACCCUUCUCUUGUUUGGAAUAGCAUCUCUUGGGGCAAAACACUCCUCCAAUCUGUGUUACGCAGUUCUGUGGGUAAUGGUACCUCCAUAUCUAUCUACAAGGAUGCUUGGAUUCCGGGAUAUGGGAAAAUACUUUAUCUUCAAAAGCCAGCUACUCUUGAUCAUAAGGUUUCUAGCCUAAUCUCCCCCAACGGAGAUUUGGAUUUUUAG